GCAGCGAGGGGGAGCGGGGCUGGUUCCGAGCGGGGCUGGCUCCGAGGGUUUCUGCUGUCCCAGCCGCCCUUCCCUGCAGCGGGUGGGGCCGUUUGCUGCCCCACGGCCCGUUCGGGCCGUAGCGGGUGUGGGGUCAGAGCCGGUCGGCAGCGGGUCGGGCCCGGCAGGAGGGGACAGCGGGACAUGGCGCUGGUGACACACAGCGCUGGCACAGCCUGCCCGGGCUCUGCGCUGGCUGAGCGGUGAGGCUGUGCUGUGAUAUUUGUUGUUUUCUGUGGUACCGACCCUCCCAGGAACCUGUUGGUGGAAGGUGAUCAGCUCCGGAAAUCUUUCAGCCUGAGCGUGCAGCGUGGUGGGUGCAGAUACGGACUUGUGUGGAGUGGAAGAAUAAGGUCAAGAGAUACUUCAGUGGGCUUCUGGAGUGUUGAAUAGAAAAAGAAAGAAAAAUGGAGGCAGAGACCAUUUUAAGUCUUAAACAGCAACUCAAGGAAGCAGAGAACGAGCGAAGAAAAGCAGCACAAUAUGGUUUGCAUUUACUGGAGUCCCACAAUGAGGUUCAAAAUCAGCUGGAUCAAACACGCUGUGAAUUGACUGAGAAAACUGAGAAAUUUGAACAAGAGAAAUACACACUUCAGAGAGAAAUUGAACUCAAGAAUCGAAUGUUGGAAAGUUUGAAUUUUGAAUGUGAUUCCCUUAAGCAGCAGCAAAAUGUGCAGCUGGAUAAGCAGAAAGAACAGCUUGACAGAGCCUAUGGACAAGAAAUCAGUAACCUUAAAAACAAGUUGGAGAACCUGAAAGCAGAACUGGAUGAAACCCGACUCUCAGAGAAACAACUGAGACAAAAAGUGGAGCAUCAGAAGGAAAUAAUUGCUGCCAAAUCAGAAGAACUGCACAUGAUGUCUGAGCGUGUCCAUGAGACCAUGUCUUCAGAAAUGCUCAACCUGCAGAUAGAGCUCACUGAACUCCAGAGCCAGAAGGCCAACGAUGAAGAAAAGCUGAGUGAGCUGCAGUGCAGUAAAGAGCAGUUAGAGCUUGUGAACAGUAACUUAUGUAACCAGCUGGAGCGGCUGCAGGGGGAGAAGGAAGAGAGGGAAAAAGAAGUUGUCUUUUACUGCAAUGCAUUAGAGAAAGCUCGUGAGGCUAAUCAGGAGCUUCAGGUUCAGCUGGAUCAUGCAGUGCAGCAAUCUUUGGACCCUACAAGUAAAGGCAAUUCUCUCUUUGCUGAGGUGGAGGACCGUAGGGCAGAAAUGGAACGACAGCUGAUCAGUGUGAAAGUAAAAUAUCAGUCCCUACAAAAACAGCAUGCAUUCAGUAGAGAACAAUUGCAAAAAAUGAAGCUGCAAAUGGCUACACUGCUGCAGCUGAAAGGCUCCCAGGCAGAAUUUGAUCAGCUGGAACGCUUACAGUCCAUGUUAGAGCAAAAAAAUGGUGAAAUAGAAGAUCUUCUUAUGAAAGUGAGGCAGCUAGAAAAAUUUAAGAGUUUAUAUGAGAAUAUGGAGGAGUCCAGACCUGCUAAUGGUGCGAAAGGAAGCGAUUCUGAAAAUGGGUACUAUGCAGAUUUACUGCAAAUUAAACUUGACAACUCAAACAAGGAAACUGAAGCACUGAAAAAUGAGCUAUCCCUGCAGAGAAUGAAAGCUCUGUAUGAGAGCCAAAGGGUCCUGGAAUUUGAAAGGAAGCUCUUCACAAAUGAGAGGCAUUUGCAAGCUUGUCAGAGUGAGAAUAUGAACCUGCGGGUUAUGCUGGAUGAGCUGAAAAUGAAAUAUGAACCUGAAGAAUUACUUAAAGGUUCUAAAAUUAAAAAGAAGAGGGAGAGAAUUCCAGCGAAUGCGACGUGUGAAUACUUUGACAGCAAAAAUACUCCAGUGAAAGAAACUGCUCUCACUCAAUUGCCAAGUAAGGAAGGGAAAAAGAUGACUGCCAAGAACCUUGAGCAAAGUGAUGCUUCUCCAAAAGGACAGCCUAUCCAACCAUCCCCACUACAUACAGCUCUCCAGGCAAUACGGAACAUUGUUGAACCUGAAAGAAAAAGAGUUAAAAUUCAAGAUGAGAAUCACGUCACCUUUACUUUGAAUAGCAUAAGUGGAAACAAUUCCUCGGCUCCAGCUGUCCCCAGGUCAGUGUCAGCUUCUGUCUCUGCUCCAGGCAGUCAGCACAGACCUGCAUCUCUUUUCUUUCGCUGCAUGAACUGUGCUCUCCACUGCUUUAUCUAUUUCCUCAGUCUUGCAUGCAGUGUCAUUCCUCAGCUCCGGCCGCCCACACUCAACCUCUCACUACCUUUUAGAAGGACUCAAACACUGACUAAUAAAAAAGACUCUUGAAACAGUCUCUGAAAUAACUUUCCCAUUGCUUGAAGACAUUUAAGGUGUGCAGGUAGCAUGACAGCUCACUUGGUUUGCUCCAGCAUCAGAAACUUUGUGUUCUUGGUACCCUCAAAACUGCCACACGGCUGCAUUGCAAAUCAAGGUAAUAAAGGCAGCUGGAAUCACGCUCCAGUUUCAUGCCCAAUUUCAGCCCCCAGCCACUUGCAGAUUUAGCUAAAAGCCUAAAAAUUAUUCAAGUAAUUCUUCACCUGAAUUGUGUUAACUUUCAUUGUACAAGAUAAUAGAGAAUUAAUUAGCUGUCUGUGUUCUCAGACAAGUGAAAUGCAUGGUCUGGAUGCACAAUAGCUGGAAACACAACUGCCAAAUUAAGAUGAAAUUUUUUCCCUGAACUGAGAAUUGAAGUUACCUUUUGCUAGAUGAUAAAGUAACGGAGAACAGUCAUUAUGUCCAGCUUUUUUAUUUUGGUAAAAACAAUGCUGACUUUGAUUUUCUACUUUUUCAACUAUUGCCUUUUGUAUUCUCUUUAUACUCUUUGUAAACACAUAUUCGAGUGUUUAGGGGUAGAAACAAGUCCAGAGGUUUAGGGCUUGCAACUUGCUAAUAGCUGCUGGCAGAAAUAGCCAAAGUUAAUGACUUUCAGGGUAAUUGGGUUGAUACUUUGGCUCUUAGAUCAAUUCCUUAAGAGUGCAUGGAUGUAAUAAACAGAUUUAAAGUAGCCAAAUACUGCAGUCUUCUUAAACUGUGGAGAGAAUAAGGCAGAAACAGCAGUUUUAGCAGUUGUGUUAAAAUGUGAGAUUGUUAGUGAGGAGGGAAGAUCAGGAAGGUCAGGUGUGGAUGAAAAUGGAGAGGAAAGAUUGGAAUAAUUUAGUGAUGGUGUUGGGUUUUGAUAAUGUCCUCUACACAUAAAGGAACAGGCAGAAUGUAACCUGAUAUGAAACGUUUAACUUCUUUAUAUUGCUUUGGGAAAAGAAGAUAUAAUGUCUGCUUACAGGAAACUGUUGGAAAUAGUUUAUGGGAACUGAAGGGGGAAACCUACUGGAGAGGGGGUGAGGAGUGGAAAUUAUUUAUGGAGUUGAUGCUGGAAAGCAAAGAGUAGGAAAAGUGGAAGAGGAAGAUGAAAUCAUAGUUCAGAGGGAGGUUUCUAAUCUUGUACCCAUUGCUGUUGGUUCAAAUAAGGAACAAAAGAUUAAAAAUAUUUGAAAAAUAAAAACCACAAACACAAUUAAGCUCCACAAAACUCCAUAUAAACUGUUAAGCUUUUUUUGGUGAUACUAUGAGUCUAUAAAAGGCAAAUCCAGGUAUAAAAUUGUUUGUUUCUGAUUGUGUUAAUGAGCUACUAAAACCCCAGGUCAUGAUACUAAGCUAACAUUAAAGAUUUACUUACCCCUCUUCUGCUAUGAUGUGCUAUAAAAUAGGAAGUCAUGUUAAAGUCCGAACCUUUGACAAGCUGAAUUUCUAAACACUGAAAGAAUCUCUGGACUGUUCUGUGAUGGAUGUGGCUGAACCUUGGGCAUGGAAAAUACUGGCAAACGGAUCAGGAGUGGGGACCUGGAAAGGACAAGUUUGUGGGAGGAAAAAAUAAGGGUGGAUAGCUGUCAGUGUUUCACCUUGUACUAACUAAAAUGUGAUGCUGCAGCUGAAAAGGCUGUUGUGGUCUCUGGGGAUUGGUUUUGUGCCAGGAAUAGUUUUUGUGCAGUAAUUAGUGGAGCUCUGACAUUGGCCCAGGAAUUGUGGGAGAACAGAGCCAUUUUAGCUGUGAAAGGGCUGCAAACUUUGUUUCUAGAGAGUGGGGUUUGAAUUUGUCAUCUCAGCCCAGGAGGUGAUGAGGAAGUGGUCAGAAGAGAUCUGGGUGUGCUUGUGGAGGUGACAAACUCCCUUGUGUGAAGAGACUUCCUUGAUGAGGAGAUUUAAGCAGGUACAGCUGGAUAAUCUCAGCCAACACCUCUGUGUGCAGGGCACCUCUGUGUCCUUCCAGGGGGCUACAGCCAGCACUGCAGUAGCUCAUUAGGUGGUGGCACUGAUCAGGUUAUGAGUGUUGAGACUACAGAUUAAAAUAUUCAGGUGGUGAUUAUUAUAUCUCAAUGCAUACUGACAAUGCAAAGGUUAUCUGCAGUGAUGCCUUUUGUUUGGCCAACUAAGUGGUCAAGAGAAAUAAACAUUUCUCUGUUGAAAUGCUUUUCUUCCCUGAAUAAUUCCUUCUAGCUGUAACUACAUAAGGAUUUGGCCAACUCAAAGUGAAGGUGACCAUGGACUGCAGAGUUACAGGGUCUAAUGCAAAGCACAUGGUGGGGCAAACCCUGAUCUAGCGGAGGUGCACAGCACAGCCUGGUUUUCUUCAGCCAGUUGAGACAGUGCUUAUAGGGAAUAACAUGCACAAGGCCUGCAAUGCAUCAUACUUGGACAGCAGUCUGAAUCUGUAGCUGAAUUUCCCCAAAUUUGUUGUUACAGCUCCUUUCAUAGUCCUCCAGUUCAGCUGUGCCUUUCUGUAUUGCAAAUAAGUCUCUGUGUAGCACCUAUUUGUGUUGGGAAAAACAUCGCUGAAAGCAGCUGUGCAUGGUGUGGGUGGCUCACUGGGGGCUCCUGAGACCACUAAAAAUCCAAAAGAUCACCAGAGAAUUGCUUUAAUAUGUGUGCUGAUAAACGAGGGUAGAGUUUGGGUUGUUAUAUAAAGUGAUGUUUAAUUUGGAACUUUAUUUUCUGUAACUCUUUCUUUGUGAAAAUAAUCAUGUGUAACAGUCAAUGGACUGUGGGUAAUUUGGUUGGGUAAAAUAUCACUAUUCAUCAAUUGUUCUAAUAGCAUGUUUGCAUAUUCAUUAAAUUAAAAACCAGAUUUAGGCAUCUGAGCACAAUCUGAUGUUUUGAUUUCAGAAUUUUCUUUUUAACAGCAAUGAGACAAUUUUAUCCCCAUUCCCAUUCAUAGCAGAAUUAAAACUUGUCAGUAGACAAAUGAUAUUGCUUAAAGCCUGAAAAUAAAUCUUCCCCCAGCUGAAGCUAUUCAAGCACUAAGCUGAAGGCCAUAGUAAUGUAGAACGAGGUUGAAGGGAGCAUAUUUUAAGGGUAGGUUUUUGGUGGUGUAGAAGCAAGAAGCUUGAUUUCAUCCCAUUUGUGUGAUGUUGCUCAGACUUUGCACCUGGAGUUGUGCUUUUGGGGACUGGAUCUCCUUUCUGUGCAUGACUGUCACUGGUAUUUCUGAAGGCUGAUCUCAGCCACUUCACAUACUCAAUAACCUUCCUUACCAAACAUUUCAGCAGCUGAGGUGUGGGAGGAGGCUUUAAGCGAUGGAAUGUGAUUAGGACUGAUAUGAAAAUGCUUUGGUUUAGUCUCAUUUUCUUCUUAAACUGUGCUUGCUCUGUCUCUGUAUAUGGAUGGUCUUGUUGAUUUUGCCUAAAUUCUUAUUUUAGUCCUGGUGUAUAUUAACUAAAUAUAUAUUUAGAAUGGUUGCUUUGCCUAUAGGUUAACAGCUGAAUCCGGAUUUGAAACUA